AUGUCUCCCACUACCCACCCACCCACCCCUAGGUCUACAUCUGACACCCGUGGGCUCCUCCCUAUCACAUGCACCUCGCAAUACGGUUGGAGGAGAAGAGUCAAGGAAGGGAAGGGAAGGGAAGGGAAUAGAUAUGGAUAUGGAUAUGGAUAUGGAUAUGGGCGGGCGGGCGUCAAGUACGAAGUGGAUGAUAUGAUGGAGACGUGUGACGAGAGAUGUCACUGGACACCGAAGAUGUUGCGCAACAAACCUGACUGGCAGAUUUGUCUACCGGUUGCUCCCGUCCCAACGAACUGGACGGCCGCGGGUCCAUCUUCGACUUCGUACAAUAGCAUGCCCGGCCCGCCCUGCAUCAAACCAUAUAGCUCGUACGACACCCAGUCGGCUCGCACCAUAUGUCGUGGCCCGCGUCAAAAUCCCCCUCCCGUUCCUGCAGGCUAUCCGCAUGGUUACAUAGGCUACAUACUGAAUACCCAAGUACGAAGGCACUACAUAAAUCGUCUGCAUCGGACUCAUCCCGACAAACUCCUUGCCACUCAGGUAUCAAGUCGUUCCGAUCACCAGGCCGGCAAUAAAUUCCCAAAAUCAGGGGCUCCAUGCAUCGUGAAUCGGUCACUGCACUCAUUACCUGUUCUGCAACUCCGGGGGUGGUCAGUUGGUGUCCUCCUCCUCGUUGCUCGUUUGGACAUGUGCUGGUAG